UUGUGGUGACUGUUACUCCAAAAUGUUGAGCCAAAUUUUUGUGAUAAAUAUUUUACUUCUUGUGUCAGUGCUGGCGGGCUAUGAAGAUUACGCUAAACGUAUGAAGGAACGAAAAGCGCAAUGUGGCCCAAACGAGGUAUACGACAGCUGUCCUCCGCUAUAUCCGCCUCUGAGAUGCAAUGUGAAGGAAGUGCUAACAGUCUGUGGAGUGAACCCUGGGCCGGGGAACCCUGCUUGCGAACCUGGAUGCCGCUGUGCUGACAACUACUAUUUAAAUGGCUCUGGUGAUUGUAUUACAAAAGAAGAAUGCUAUUCAGGAGCACUGCCCAGUUAUUCAGGAGCACUGCCAAGUUAUUGUAAUUCUAAAACAAAAGGUUACUCAGAAUGUAUAAACGGCGGUUGCUCCAAAUGGAGAUGCACUGACAUGGGAUACGUUUGUAUGGUCAAAGCUCCGUGUGAAGUCGGCUGUACUUGUGAAGAUUCAUACGAACGUUCCCCUCUUGGGUUCUGUAUGCCGGCCGAACCCUGUGAACCUCAAGAACCUACGCCAAAAACGAAGAUUCCAUCAAAGCCUUAUCCAACUGCCAAACCAUACCCACAUUACAACAGUGGACCAGAUUCAACUGAAGAGAUGAUGCCGCCAAAAUACACGGCAGAUCGCAACCCCUAUCCUUCAUACAUGCAAUCCAAAAGCGAAUAUGAAAAUAUGAAGCCAGAGCGUCCACAUAAAUCAUACUCGGAGUCCAAAAGUGAUUUAGAAAAAACUGUGUGGAACUCUAAUCGUUCACCAAGGCGAUGCAAUCAAAAUGAAGUUUUAUCUCGCUGCUCAAACCGGGUUUCCGGAUAUCAGAGAUGCUCUGAGCUGGGCAAACCAAUAAUAGACGUGCAUGUCAGUCCAAAUUUAUGCAAACCGGGAUGUAUUUGUAAGGACAACUAUUUGAGAGCUGACAACAAUACUUGUAUUCCGAAGAACCAGUGCCCACCUGCUAAGAAGCCCGUAAUUUGCGGCCCCGAUGAAGUGUACAAUGAUUGUGUAAACGGUGGCUGCGGCAGAUGGAAAUGUUCACAGCAGGCGGCAAUUUGUAUUUUACUCGUUGAAGGAGCCUGCAAAGAAGGGUGUCAUUGUAAAGAAGGAUAUUUGCGCAGAGAUGAUGGGGUUUGUGUCCCAGCUGAUCAGUGUCCACUUACUUGUUGGGGUGCUAAUGAAGUCGUUGGGUGUAAGGAUACAACCCCUCAAACUUGUGAAAAUGUUGUUAGACCAUGGCAACCCUCGGUCAAACCUCGGUUAAACAUUUGUAUACAAGAGUGCCGUUGUAAAGAAGGAUUCUACAGAAAUAAAAUUGGACAGUGUAUAUCCGAAGAAAAUUGCCGAAGGUGUCCUGGACCUAAUGAAUACUUCUCUGACGACGGAUCCUCAGAAUCAGAACCAUGUCGCUGCGAAGAAGGAUAUGUACGCGAUUAUUAUACUAAUAACUGCGAAUCUAUUACGGACUGUACAAAGGAGUGUGGAGUAAAUGAAGUACCAACAUCAUGUGUUGAAGCCGUUUGUGAACGUAGAAAUUGCAGUGACCUUGACAAACCUUUCAUAUGUAUAGACCCGAGUGAAUGCACAAAUGGGUGUCUCUGUAAAGAGGGAUAUUUAAGGAAUGAUAAAGGAGUUUGCGUUCCAGUUGAUCAGUGUACAAAAACUCCUGAACCCGUUAUUUGUGGCCCUAACGAAGUGUCUACAGACUGUGUUAAUGGCGGCUGCGGUAUAUGGUAUUGUUCGCAAACACAAGAGAUUUGUAACUUAAUGCUAGACGACGAGUGUAAACCCGGAUGUCUGUGCAAGGAGGGAAUGCUGAGGGCAGAAAAUGGAACUUGCAUCCCUACGGAACAAUGUCCUCCUAAAUGCAACGGCCCAUAUGAAUACUUCUCCUGUGGCAGCCCUUGCGACAACUUAUGUGCUACAUUGAGCACACAGAACCAAACGAAUUGUCCAAUCAAAAACAAAAAAUGCAAUCCAAAAUGCUACUGCCAACAAGGAUACGCUCGUGAUGAAAACAAUAUAUGUAUACCUAUUAAAAACUGUCCUCAACAAUGUGGAAUAAAUGAAGUAUUCGACACUUGUAUAGCAACAUGUCCACCUCGGCGAUGUGAUGUCGAUGAAACUCUAAUAGAUUGUGUCCCGCCGCCACAACCUGGAGACCCUGAGUGCCAAUCUGGUUGCCGAUGCGCUGAUAAUUUCUUUAGAAAUUAUGAUAAUAUUUGCGUCCCUAGAAGUGAAUGCCCUCCCACAUGCGGUGUUAACGAAGUUUACGAUCCUAAGAUACGACCAUGUCCACCUCAAAGUUGCGAUAUCGAUCCAAGAUUGGUUUUGUGUCCAAGAAAUCAAACAACUGCACCUGGCUGCCGGUGCAUCGAUAACCAUUUUAGAAAUAGAGAAGGCGUUUGCGUUCCCAGAGACCAAUGCGAAAAAUGUCCAGUGAAUGAAAGGCCUACAUCAUGUAUUCAGGCCAGAUGUGAACGUAGAGAUUGUUCUGAUCUCGGAAAGUCAGUUUUAUGCGUCAGGAUAGACCCUAGAUUCUGUACCGAAGGAUGUCUUUGCGAGGACGGAUUUUUAAGAGCUGAAAACGGAACUUGUAUACCAAUCAAUCAAUGUCCGGAGGCAAAAUGUGGGGAGAAUGAAGUAUUCGAUAGAUGUCCACCAACAUGUCCAGGUGAACAAUGUGGCGUAGAUCCAGCCGUAGUCUUGUGUUUGCCUAACCCAGAGCCUGGUGAUCCAAACUGUCAACCAAAAUGCAGGUGUUCUGAUGGGUAUUUGAGAAAUACAGAAGGGAAAUGUAUUCCUAAAGAUGAAUGUCCUCCUGUCUGUGGAAUUAACGAAGUAUACGACACAUGUAUAGCGCCAUGCCCAGCUCGCAGAUGCGAUGUUGAUGAUAGACUUGUCAGAUGUAGGAGCCCACCGCAACCAGGCGAUCCUAAUUGCCAAGCUGGUUGCCGAUGCGCCGAUAAUUUCUUUAGAAAUGACCAAAAUGUCUGUGUGCCCAGAAAUGAAUGCCCCGGACAACAAAAUAUUACUUGUGGACCUGACGAAGUAUAUAGCAAUUGUGUAAACGGUGGUUGCGGUAGAUGGAAUUGCUCUCAACCUGGCAAAGUUUGCAUCAAAUUGGCUAAAGGAGCUUGCAGAGAAGGUUGUCACUGUAAAGACGGUCUGUUACGGAAUGAUGAAGGAAUUUGUAUUCCUACUGAUCAAUGCCCAAUCAAUUGUUUUGGUGCAAACGAAGUAAGAGGCUGCCAUCGUACCUGCCCCCCUCAAACAUGUGAAUUCAUUGGUAAAAGAAUAUUUUGUCCCCUUCAAAGCAAAGAAUGCAAGCCGGAAUGCCGUUGCAAAGAAGGCUUCUACAGGAAUAAAAUUAAUCAAUGCAUAUCUAAAGAAGAAUGUUUAAAAUGUAAACGCCCUAAUGAGUUCUUCACGUGUGGAGGAGCAUGUGACAACGUCUGUGCUACGUUGGCGACACAGAACCGAACCAACUGCCCUAUUAAAAACAUUAAAUGCAAUCCGAAGUGCUACUGUGUAGAUGGAUACGCUCGCGACAGCAACGAAACUUGCGUACCUAUAUCUGAGUGUCCACCGUCCUGUGGAGUCAACGAAGUCUACGACGUUUGCCCGGCUACAUGCCCACCAAAAACUUGUGACGCUUUGGGUAGAGCUUACAAAUGCAAAGCUCCUCCAAAACCUGGUGAUGCAGAAUGUAAGCCUGGUUGCCGCUGUGCUGAUGGUUAUUACAGAAAUACAGAUGGUGUUUGUGUACUGGAAAAUGAAUGCCUUACUUGCAAUGGUCAAAAUGAAGAACAAGGAUGUAAAAGUACGUGUCCACCACAAACAUGUGAUGCCAUUGGGAAAACAUACCAUUGCCCGCUACAGCCUGCAGUUUGCAUACCCGAGUGUCGCUGCAAGAAAGGGUUUUUCAGAAACGCAAUCGGCACUUGCAUAUCGAAAGAGGAUUGUUUAAAAUGCAGAGGCCCUAAUGAAUAUUUCUCCUGUGGUGGAGCAUGCGAUAAUGUCUGUGAAAAUUUGGCUUUACAAAACCAAACUAAUUGCCCCAUUGUCAACAUUGUAUGCAACAGGAAGUGCUAUUGCUUAGAAGGGUACGCUCGCGAUUCUAACAUGACUUGCAUACCUAUAUCGGAGUGUCCGCCGUCCUGUGGAGUCAACGAAGUCUACGACGUUUGCCCCGCUACAUGCCCACCGAAAACUUGUGACGCUUUGGGUAGAGCUUACAAAUGUAAAGCUCCUCCAAAACCUGGUGAUCCAGAAUGUAAGCCAGGUUGCCGCUGUGCUGAUGGUUAUUACAGGAAUAAACAAGGUGUUUGUGUACCGGAAAAUGAAUGCCUUACCUGCUACGGCCAAAAUGAAGAAAGAGGAUGUAAAAGUACGUGCCCACCAGAAACUUGUGAGGCUAUUGGGAAAAGAUAUCCGUGUCCGCUACAGCCUGCAGUUUCCACACCCGCGUGUCGUUGCAAGAAAGGUUAUUACAGAAACGUAAAAGGCGUAUGCAUAUCUAAAGAGAAUUGUUUAAAAUGCACUCGCCCUAAUGAAUACUUCGACUGUGAUGUAGAAUGCGACAAUGUGUGUGAAACCUUGGCUACACAAAACCGAACUAACUGCCCCAUUGUCAACAUUGUAUGCAAUGAGAAAUGCUAUUGCUUAGAUGGGUUCGCUCGAGAUUCUAACAACACUUGCAUACCUGUAUCGCAGUGUCCAAACAAUAAUUCUAAUUCUCUCGAAACCUUGCUGAAGGAGUUUGACCAAGGAAACUUUGCGUUCACUGAAAAAACUCUUUACUUAGCGGCCAAAGCUAAGCCAGGCGAGAGCAUCAUUCUGUCAGCUACCAGUAUCCGGCUUCUGAUGACAAUAAUAUACCUAUAUACUACCGGAUCCGCCAAUGAACAGGUGUCACGGGGACUAUAUUUGAAUUCAAAAGAUAAGAUUCGAACCAUUGUGCCAUAUUAUUUAGAUAUGCUCAACGCUCAGAAGAAUGUCACCUUGAGUGUAGCAGAGAGAGUUUUUGCUAGUAAUAAGUACGAGUUAUCUGAUGCUUUUAAAAAGGAUACGACGGAUAUAAUGAGAGCUGAAGCUGAAAAUCUAGAUUUCUGUAAAGCAAGCGAAUCAGCUAGAAUUAUAAACGAAUGGGUGGAGAGUAAGACAAAUAAUUUAAUCAAGAACCUGGUAUCACCUGAUUCAUUAGGCUGUGAUACAGCUCUGGUGUUGACAAAUGCUAUUUAUUUCUUGGGAAAUUGGAAGGAUAAAUUUGAUCCAGCAAAUACAAGACCAGAGACUUUUUAUCAAAGUGAGAACAAAACAGUGCAAGUUCCAAUGAUGAGCCGAAGUGGCAGAUACGAAUUCGCUGAUAAUAGUGACCUAAAUGCUAAGCUUUUGAAGAUACGCUAUGAAAGUGAUAAUUUUACAUUUUUAAUAAUACUUCCGAAUGAUAGAUAUGGAAUAAAUGACUUGAUAGAGAAAUUACUUAAUACAAAUAUCUCAAUUAGUAAUAUUUUGAUUACUUUGAAGACCAAGCCGGUAGAUUUGUAUAUGCCCGCUUUUAAUACGUCAACAACUAUAGAUGUGAAAAAUGAUAUAUUAGUAAAGACUGGUGUGGUAAAAAUAUUUGACCCGAAAGCUUCUGGCUUGACCGGUAUGUUGAAAAGUUCAAGUCCAACUUACAUAUCGAGUAUAAUACAAAAAGCUGCCAUAAAAGUACAAGAAAAAGGGUCAGAAGCUGCUGCUGCCACUGCUAUCACGAUACGCGCAUUGUCGGUUGCUGUGCCUGUGGAAAGAAAUGUAUUUAAAGCCGAUCAUCCAUUUAUGUAUUAUAUAUUAUACAAAGAAAGUCCACUAUUUUGUGGAAUGUAUUUUGGACCACAAUGUGAAACCGAUAUUCAAGAAUGUGGGGAAAAUGAGGUUUUAGAUCCUUGUGUCAACCGUGUGAGUGAAUAUAGGACGUGUUCUGAAGUAGGCGCAGUUAUAGAAGCCUCAAUUAUUGAUUUUAAGUAUUGCACAAAGGGAUGCAAAUGUAAAGAUACGUAUUUGAAAGCGGAUAACGGAACAUGUAUACCUGCAAACCAAUGUCCAAAUGCCCUUAAAUGUCCAAAGGAUCAUGAGUAUUAUGACGUAUGCCCAUCAAAGUGUACAGCAGGAGUUUGUGGUGUUAAGGACAUAUCGCCAUGUCCUACAGCAUUGCUGCCCGGUGAUCCUCAAUGCCCACCGCCCGAAUGUCGUUCAAAACCUGUUGUCUGUGGCGAAGAUGAAGUAUUAUCCAGCUGCGUAUAUGGUGGUUGCGGUAAAUGGAAUUGCUCUCAGGCAGCGGAAACAUGUAACAAUAUAAAAGAAAGUGACUGCAAAGAAGGCUGUCAUUGUAAAGAAGGACUCCUGCGUGCGGAAAAUGGCACUUGCAUUGCUGCUGAUAUGUGCCCUGUUAAAUGCGAUGGUAAAAAUGAAAUUAGUGGUUGUGCUAGCACUUGCCUUGAAACAUGUGAAAGUGUUGGUCAACCAAACUCAUGUGAACAACCUGCCGUCUGCAAACCUAAAUGUCGUUGCAAAGAAGGGUUCCUAAGAAACGUAAAUGGAGAAUGUAUAUCUAAAGAAGAAUGUCCAAAACCGCCUGGUGUUGUUUGUGGAACUAAUGAAGUGUACGACAGCUGUGUCAACAGCGGUUGCGACAGACGACACUGCUCUCAGCCAGAUGGCUUACUAUGUACCAAUCCCCUUCCAAAAGAAUGCGAAGAAGGUUGCCAUUGCAAAAAAGGAUUACUUAGAACCGAUGAAGGCACUUGUGUUGAAGCUGAUCAGUGCACAAAUAAUGAUAAUGGAUUGAAAGAAUUCAAAGAGGGUAAUGUUGCUCUCACUCUAAAACUUAUUUACGCGGCGGCGAAAGCAACCCCAGGCGUAACUUUUGCGUAUUCACCUAUUAGCAUUUUGUUACUAUUGGCGCAAUUAGCUCUUUACUCUUACGGAAAGUCAUCGCAACAACUUUUGAAGUUGUUGAAUUUGCAAAACAAGCACCAGCUCUGGUCCAUUGUACCAUAUUGUGUGAAUGCACUAAAUUCACAAAAUGAAGUUAUUUACAAUCGAGCUGAAAAAAUAUUCGCCAAUGAUCAAUACAAGUUUUCACAAAGUUUCAGUAAAGUUACAAAAGAUAUUUUCAAAUCAGAGGCCAGCAAUUUCAAGUAUUCUGACAAAAAAAGCGCUAUGGCUGCAUCAAUUAAUUUUUGGGCGACGUUGAACACUCAACAAGCAAUUUCAAAUCUCGUGCUACCAUCUUCUUUUGAUCAAACCCCAGCAUUAAUUCUAGCUAGCGCAGUAAACUUCAAGGGAACUUGGCUGGACCAUUUCAAUCCAAGUCAUACGAAGCCAGAGUCAUUCUACGUUAAUAACAACAAAAAUGUGAUAGUUAACAUGAUGAAACGUACCGGAAGUUACAAAUAUGGUUACAUAAGUUAUCUAGCCGCACAGGUUGUACAGAUGCCCUAUAAAAACACUAAUUAUUCUAUGGUGAUAAUGUUGCCGGAGAAAAAAGACGGAAUAGACUCUCUCUUAGAAAGUAUUCAGAGCUAUGCAAGUAGCUCACUAUGGCGUAGCGUGAUGAAUAACUUACAUGCUGAAGAAUUAGACAUCUCUAUACCAGCUAUGGGCAUGGAUAACAUGUCGGGCAAGGAAGAUGAGUAA